UAUAAUGAUGCUACAGACCAAGUUUGCUAGAGAUCCAUCUGGCAGUUCAAGAGACAGUGCGAUUUUAAUAUGCCCACCUUUGGUGGUAUAAAAAUAAUUCUUUAAUCUUUCAACAGAUUUAUUCUAUUACAAAGGUAAGUAACAAGUGACUCACAAAACCUGUUUCAUUGUUGGAGUUAUCCUUCUGUCCAAACAGAAAGAGGAAGUGAAAAUAAACAUUCCAUAAAACUAUAAAUAUAGACAUUAUCUAAUCAGUCUGGAAAUCAUACACUUUGAAGAAGUUAAAUUACAGAAUUGCUGACUUCAUACCAAACAAAGGUAUAUAGAAGAAUGUUUCAACAACCUGGUUAUAUUGAGAAUGUGUCACUGAGACUGUCAGAGGUUCUUGCUGAUGUAGGUGUGGAUGAGAGGAUUGUUAAGAAAAGAAGAAAAACAUGGCUGCUGAAGGAAUCUAUGGAAACAAUAGCAUUUAAACUACGAGUAUACAAUAAGAAUGUUUCAUCAUACUUCUUAGGCAGUCAGUCUGAGGGAACUACUACACGGGGACUCAAGUCAGACAUGGACAGACUUUUCUGUCAUAAUAACAUUAAUGUGAUUCAAGACUGGGCUGACUGGGAACCUGGUGUACGCAAUUACUUGAUGAUCCAGGAUGAGACUGUAUCACCUGGUUACUGUCUACUACAACGACUGAGAGAUGAUGCUCCUCUUCCUUACAAUGAUGUAUUUAAUGAACACCAUUUCAGAGACAGAAUGGGAAGAAUAUUGCAAAAGAACACAGUCAUGUCAGCAGCAGCAGCUGAAGUUUUGGAGGGAGGAGUAAGACAUGGUCCAGCAUAUGCACAACAAGAACUGCCUGGGUUAAUAGAUACUGACACUGUUAGUGCCUACCCCUGUAAAUCAUGGCCUCUACAAGCUAGGCAAUUUUUAGUCCAGCAAGGUGUAGGUCAGUGGCCUUCAGAUGACAUGAAGAGAUAUUGUAGCAGUACUGGAUGUUUUGUUGUUGGUGUUGGAAGCAAGGAAAAUGAAGAGCUUGAAUGGAGAAUAUCAACAUCUCUAGCAGAAAGGUGUUUAAUGUUUAAUCUCAAUAUUACACAGAUUCGCUGUUAUGUCUUGAUGAAGAUGAUAUUAAAAACCUUCAUCAAACCUUACUUUGAAGACACCAUUUCAAGUUUCAUGUGUAAAACAGUUCUGUUCCACUGUAUCGCAAAUACACAUUCUUAUGUCUGGAGAGAAAAUAACUUACUUCUCUGUCUAUCAUUGUGUAUAUUUGUCCUGUACAGCAGUAUUUUAAAUGAAAACUGUCCUCAUUUCAUCAUACCUGGAAACAACUUGAUGAGAGGACACAUUCCUCAUGACACUAAACCUUACAUUCUUGAAAUACUGCAGUAUAUUAUAAACAGUGAAGGGAGAGCAUUACUGGAGAUUGAAUGUGAUGCUCUUGGUAACAGGAUUCAGCUGAAGUUGAGUAAUUUGCUCUUAGAGUUUGAUAUCAAAACAAGUGACAUUAUAUCAGGGCAGUUAUUAAAAAUAACUGCAGAGUACAUUAAUAUGGCCAUAAGGUACUGUCUGACUUCAAUUAAAAACAGUAGCUAUAUAGAAGCUAUACAAACAUUGCUGAAAUGUAUUUUCAAACUAGUCAUUAUUUCUAAUCAAUGCCAAGGAUUGAACAAAACAGCCAGCAGCCUUCUUGUAUCAUGUUUCUGUACAACCCUGGGAUCUAUCCUGGCAUCCCUGAACAUUCAACAGUACAAUGCUAUACCAGCAGAAGCUCUCACCUGGAUCUCACUGGGUCUGAACACAGAUGUUGCAUCUAGUAAACUGAAGCUAGCAUCCAUGUUGUACUGUAUAGGGGAUACUCAAAGAACAGAAGUUGUUCUCAGAGAUAUUGAAGCAAACUAUGAUUUAAAUAUUGUUGAGCCUAUUUGUAUGUGUCAUAAUUUUAUCAAACAACCUUUAAGAAGAGGAUUCAAUGCAAUAUGUGACAAUCAUAAUGAAGAAGCUAUACAGUACACUACAGCAUUCUGUGUCAGAUUUCUGCCAUGUGAAAUUAACUGUGUUCCACAUGAACUAAGACAAGAAAUGUUUAGAUCUACACAAGAGGACCUAGCUUUCAGAGGUAGAUAUGACUACUGGAUGGACUGGGCUGUGGUUGAUUCUCUUCCUUACCUCUACUUUCUACAAUACAAGACCUGUAGCAAUAUUGGGAGACAUGAAGAUCAGCAAACAGCACUUUCCAACCUUAUGAGAACCAUUGACCAGGAACCAAACCUCGGACAUAGGGAAACAGCUCUAAAUCUACUGGGUCAAUGUAUGGAACAAGAGGACCGAGCUAGAGACUCUUUACAAUGUUAUUUAUUGUCCCUAAAUCUAAGGGAGAGAAACAAUGCUGCCACGUUCCAUAUCUGUAGACUGCUGUCUACUUUGGUCAAUGACCAAUAGUUUAAAAUGAACAAACAUGUUGUUUGACCAGUAAGUUGAGAAUAUCAGUUCAUAACAAUACAUGUAUAUAUGUAUAAUUAUUGGUAGCGGUACAAGUGAUGUAUCUAACAGUUUCAAUGAAAUAACUGCGACUCACUGUGUGAUAAAAGGAAACCAAACACAUUUCUGUUUAAAAUGCAAAAAGGCCAAUACUGUAUCACUAUCAAAUUCAUUUAGAAAAGCUGAACUGUAUAUAAAAUUUUGCUUGAAAGUUUGUUUUUGAUAAAUUAAAACUGGCAAAUAUC